AGUUUCCGGAGGGACAAGUCGGGAAGCACAGGUUCUUCGAAACCGAAAAAGGAAGAAAAAGUGUACAGCAGUGAGAAGACGGUUCCGCAGGAGCUUAAUGGGCAACCUCUGUUAGGAGCAUCACAGGGUUGGGUUGCUUGCCGGGAAAACAAAGAGUUUACCGUGCAUCUCACGGAUCUGUACAAGCCAUGGGUUUCAUCCCCAAGGGUCAUAUCAUUGCCUUCUAUUGGGUUUAAACCCUCAACACAUGCCACCGAAGUGUCUCUCUCUUCUUCUGAUCCUCUCCAAGACGAAGACUUUUAUGUAGCUGCAAAGUUCAGUGACUAUCAGCUCAGUGUAUGCAGGCCUUGCGAAGACUCUAAAUGGACUCACAUCGAUACCCCUUACUCUCUUUUACCAGCUUCUGAUCUCAUGUAUUCCAAGAGAGAGAAAACCUUCCACUUCACCAGUUUCAAGGGUCUUUACAUGGGUUCUUUGGAUAUAUGCAAUAAGAAGCUUAAGUUUCAAGACCUACGCCUACGUAACCAGCCUAAGAUUUCAGAGGCAUGGUGGGAGAUGUUGGACAAGUGUUUCAUGAGCAACCAUUUAGUGGAAUCUCCCUCUGGUGAAUUAUUCUUCAUCAAAUGGUACACACUUUGCAUUCGCAGAGAGGAUGAGGAAUGGAUAAUGAUGCACAGCGUAACUAAGCGGUUCAUGGUGUUUAGGCAAGAUGAGAAGAGCAAAGACUUUUAUUACACUGAUGAUAUUAGAGAUCUCUGCAUCUUCCUUGGCCAGAGUGAAGCCUUCUGUCUCUCGGCUAGCAUGUAUCCAGGACUCAAACCUAACUCCAUCUAUUACAUUGGCUCUGGACUUGGAUCUUACAAUCUAGCUUCCGGUACGGUCCGUUCCUUUGAUCCCCCACGUGGUAAACCCUUGCUGGUCCAUUACCCUUACUGGCUUCAUCCCACUAAUUCCAUUGCGUAACAAUUAUAUGUGAACCUUCUUUAU